AUGCUGCGUGCUUGUGCGACAUUGAAUGUAUGCGUAUGUGUGGUAUGUGUGGUAUGUGUGAGUGUGUGUUUGCCCUUUGGCGGCAUUUUACUGCGGUCCCUUUCCUCUGCUUUGGCCCGCGCCUCGCACGCUGCUUUCCUUUUCCUUCUUCCUCCCUCUCUCUGUCCUUGGUUUUCCUCCGCCUGUGGAAAUGCACGCGGCGCACACAGGAAAGUUGAAGGCGACAGUUUCCCAAUGGAAGCGAAACUCGUUUGCUGCGCCCACCAAGCCAAGACGCCCUCUUUGCAACUUCCUGGGGCAAUAAAGGUGGUGGGCAACACGUUGCAGUUCAGCUGCCCCCAACCCCUGAAGGAUGCCGGGUUUCCGGUGGCUGAGGCCUCCUUUGACGUCGAUGCAGCGUUUGACAGGCCUGACCCACGCACCCUGUUCCAAGAGCUUUUUCCCGCUGCCGCCGCAAACUUUCUCAAGGCACGCAAGAACCUGGUCGUGUUCAGUUACGGCGUGCGUUCGUCGCCCAAGCGGCAACUCAUGUACGGCUCCGCGUCUGGCGAGGGAUAUGCCACACGCGUCAUCUCUGAAGUCCUUCAGUCGGGCGCCAAAAAAGGCAUCUUCGUCCUCUCAUGCUACGUCAUUGGGCCAACCGAGCAUCUUACAGACCUCCUCAACUCUAGCAAUGAGCUUGGCGUUGUCGUUGACUCCGUAAAGGAGGGACCUCGUGUUCGGAUGCUGGAGCGGCUUCGUGUGUCCUCCGCCGGAGACGUUCGUGCGGCAAUGGAGACAGUUGUGAAAAACUACGAAAAAUAUUUUGCAUCCGUGCUGUGUGAAAGGCAGCCAACGCCUGAACUGGAAGCACUUCCCCCCUAUUUGCCUGACACAGUCGUUCUGCAGCUUUACCGCUACGAGGAUGAGGCGGCCUUUACAGACCACAUGGAUGCCAACUCCUUGACAUUUAUUGCCUUGGGAGACGCUGAACGGCCCGUGCUGUGCGGGAUUGAUGCCUCGGCGCAGCAGCAGUACGAAAAGGCGCAACGCACGCUUGCAUCGGCCACGGGAAUUGUCUCCAGUAUUCGCUGCAGUCGGUUGCGAAUUCCCUUUGGAAAGUCGAAACUCAGCCAGCUGCUGCGCCGAGCAUACAAUGCAGAAAAGGGCAAUCCCAACAACGACCUCAACGGUCCCACGGACACGACUUUCUUGAUCCACGCCUUUUCAGACGCUGCAUGGGCGGAGGAAUCGUUUCAUUGCCUCUCCGUGACGCGCCGUAUCUGCAGCAUUCUGGGCUCUACGGGGCUCGGAUCCGCCACACGGGACCUCGCCGUCGACAAGUGGCGUCUUGACCAAGACGUAAUGGAGCUGCGGGAUGAACUCAUGAUUGCCCGCACCGUGUACGACUACAGACCCUGCAUCUACGAGUCCAACAAGCCCAUUGCAAACAUAAAGGAAGAGGAAAUGAGGCGCAUCAAUGCCAUUCAGAGCAAACGUGAAGAGGCGCGAGAAAGGCAGCUGGCGUUGGUGCGCGAGCGCGCCAAGCAUGAGGCGGACAAGAUGAUCAAAGAACUUGAACAGACGAGCGGGGCGACGUUGGGUGAGCUUGAGAAGACACUUGAGGCCAAAAAGAGGGAGAACACUGCGCUGCAGGCCGAUCGCGAAAAACGCGUCCGGGACUACGAACAAACUUUGGAGAAGAUUCGAAGAAAGAAGCAGGAGGAGGAGAGCGCCUCGCAGCGGUUAAGGGAGGAAAUGCAGCAGUUGGAGCAGGAGCUUAAUGUACGACAGAACGCCAUUGAGAUGAAAAGGAAGCAGCUAGAGAUGGUGCAGCUUGACAAGGCGAAGGGGCGAGAGGCCAUCAUGCGGGAGCGACAGUCGAUUCAGGCGAUGCGAAAGACGGUGCUGGAGGAUCGACGCCGCCAACGCAAGCAGUGGAUCAACCAAAUUAAAGAAAUGAAUGCCAAAGUGCUAGAGCAGGUGCGUCUCCUGGCUGAGGAGCGGAGGAAAAAUUGUGAGCAGUCGACGGCCAAGGAAGACGCGGCGGAGAGGGCGCUUAUGGCGGAUAUCAAGACUAUUGAGGAGUACUUGCCGAAGCUCAUUUCGCUCGAGGAUAUUCCUGUCAAUCCGGAGGAAACGGAAAUCAUUCGCCGCCAGUUUGAUGAAGUCUUUUCGCAAGAAAAGCAGACUUAUUUGGCCAAGAUUGAGGAGGAAAAGGCCCGCAAGGAGAAGCUGGAACGCGGACUCGAGGUGUAUCGGCAGCGCAUGCUUAAUGACUACUUGGCGAAGAAAAAUGAAAAAAUGCACGACGCCGAGGCAAAGGAGCAGCAUCUUAGUUCGCUUGUGGAUCAAGUGCUCACCUACCUACGUAAUGGAGUCCGCAUGACAAAAAUAUCAAGCAAGGGCAAUGUUCGCAGGCGCUUCUUUUUUCUCUCGGAGGACUGCAAGCGGAUUCAUUCCUGUGAGCUGGACCAUCAGGGGUUUCCGAUCAAUCGCAAGCGGCCUCCCGUCACCGUGUGGAUACGGGACAUCAAAAAGGUUGUCAUCGGCUUGUACACAACCUCGUUUGUGAACUACAGCAGCGAGGCACAGCUGGCAAAGACGCGACAAGAGGCAGUUUCUGAUAAUGGAACGUACCGCCAUGACCCGACGCAAAGCAUCACACCAGCCAACCUUGGACUAUGCAACUACCGCGCGUUCGCACUGGCACUCCGCGGUGGGAAAUCCUUGGAGGUGGUGUGUGAGACGGACAGCGACUGCGAGGCCUGGCUCGUUGCCCUCAAGCGUCUACUGCAUUUCAGGACAUCUGUGGAAAAGAUUCUUGAGGAUCGACGGGCCAUUUCGCGGGAUAUACAUCUGCAGCCGAGCGACAAUGAGGUGGAAAUGCGCUGGGGUGGUUCCCUUGACAUCCGCAAUAUGCGGGGGUUUGUUUCCCUGGCCCCCGAGGAGGCAACUCUCUGCAGCGACAAUCAUAUCCCGCCAGCCCUCUUCCUUCGGGUCAAGCAGGAGCUGGCAGAAAAAUCACAAAGGAACACGAUAACCGUGUACGACGUCCGAGUUUGCUCGGGGUUGGACCUGUUCCGCUCCGGGCAGCUUUACGACUACUUGUGCGCAAAGCGUGUCAUCCCGCUCCCGUACUAG